CUUUAGCUUCACUCUCUGUCUCUCUGUCUCUCUCUGUCUCUCUCUCUCUCUAGUCUUCACUGUCUUUCACUUCACUCUUGUUCUUCUUCUCUUCACUCCUCAAUGGCUAUCAACAGAGACUCAACGCCUCCUCCGAUGAUCGGCAAAAUUGGACCAUACACUGUGUUCAUGACCCCGCCAUCCACUCCUUCCCCAAAGCCUUUUCAGCAACCUGUCUUCGAUUCACCCAAGAAGAUCGUGGUUCCUCCGCCGCCGCCGGUGCAGCCUCCGCCGCAACAGUUCACUAAGUCUCUUCAAUCCCCAAAUUCCAAUGACUCUGUUGUUGGUUUCUUCAAGAAUGCUGUCACCAAGGUCCAAAAUGCACAUUCAAGUUUGGAUGACCAUUUGGCGCGGUGGUUUGGGUUGAACCAGUCCAAGUAUCAAUGGGCACUAGAUGAUUAUUAUGAGAGCAAGGGAUUGCUUAGGUGAAACUAGGUUUUCUGACGUCAUGAUGUAUUAAAAGCCUCAAUGUGGUGUAUUAGGAAGGGGUUUGUGGCUCUUUCCUUUGCUUACUAUCAUAGACCUCAUAUUCUUGUCUAUCAGUUUCUACUUGCAGUACUACCUACAAAUAUGAUCCCACUGAAUGCAACUCCCAUUCAUAUAAUGAGAUUAUUAGGAAGGGGUCUUCAGCUCCUUCCUUUGCUUAGUAUGGACUCUGAUAUAAGGCACUAAGACACAUGGGUACAGAUAUGGGUACAAGUACAAUAUGGGUACGGGUAUGAGGAUACAACAAUUUUUGAAAAACUUAGGGUACAAUACGUUGGGGAUAUGUGUAUUAAUCACUUAUUAGAUAUAUUUUAUAUAUAUUGUUAAGCAUAUAUCAAUUUAAAAGCAAUAAUGGAUGAUAAAGUGAAUCCAUAACCAUUAAAUGCUGUGUAGAAUACAAAUCAAGAUCCAAAAGAGUAAAUAAAGAUAACUAGAUAAGUAUUCAACAUUGAAACCAAUAUAUGAAGCAUAUAAAUAAAAAUUCUUACAAGUUUGGGCUAUCUCUGACUAUCGGGAUUGGGUUACAAUGGUAUCUAAGUCGUAUCACAGAUGCAUCCUAGAUGUAUUGGCACUUUUAAAAAAAAAUUUGAUUGGGUGUGUAUCUUAGAGGUAUCCAGUAUGAUAUUGGUACAAUACGUAUCGGAUAUGGGUAUGUGAGCAAAAAUGGAGUAUCUGUGCAUCCUAGAUAAGGCCAUAAUAUUCAGUGCAUGACUGGUUACUGGGUUAAAAUAAAAUAAACUUGAUAUAGGACCAUAAUAUUAAGUAUGUAACUGCUUUUUGGGUUAAAAUUUAGUAAACACUGGUUAAGGACAGACAGUCACAGCAUUGCGUCAUGUUUCUCUCUGUUUUAAGGUAGGACUGUUAUUUUUGAAUCUGGUUUGCCUGUUUGGAUGAAUUAGACCUUGCAAAUAAAGUGAAAAUGCUACCCCAAGUAGAAUUGUUUGGCAUUUCUCUGCGAAGUUGCUCCCCUGUGGUACAGGAAUUGCCCUGGUAUAGCUACUUCCUGCCCUUGUAAGAAUGGGGAGGGUAAGGUCCUUGGUUCCAUCUAGGUCCCCAUAUAACUUACCAAUAGAAAAAGAAAAAAGGGAUUGCCAUUGAGCUGGUCAGAUAAAAACAUGACUGAGAUUCAAUGUAGACAGUGGCAUGUGUUCCUCAACUCGAUUUAAAGCAACUAUGCUAAUAUCAAAGAAACAACUAGUUUGCCAAGAGCCUUUUCAAAUCUGCCCAACUCUGUUGUUGUACUUGACUAUAAAAAAGAACCAACUAGUUUUUUGUCUUGUUUUUUUUUUUUUUUUUUUUUUUUUUUUUGGGGUGUGGAAUAAUGCAUGUGAACUUUUAUGCUGCAAUGGAUAAUGUCUAACCUAGCUUUCAUGAUAGAUUUUCAAUUACAUGGUCUUUAUUGCAGUUUCUUGUAUUCAGCUCCUAUCAUUCCUUUACCAUGUAAAACAUUUUGAAAUUCACUACUGCAGGAAAAGGGGGAUGCAAAAGCUAAAGAUUUAUCUAGCAAAA